CUGAAAAUAUUUACCCUAAUCUAACCCUUUUUAUUUUGAUUUUGAUCUAAAACCUGAUGUUAAGAAUUUAAGCCGCCUUAAAGCUUCUGUCUUCGUUCUUAGACUCCCUUGAAGUCUCAGGUGUGCCGUUUUCAUACACCGUUUUUAGCAAAUAGUAAUUACUAAUACGCACAUGAUUUAGAAAAGAUAGUGAGUACCGCAAUCAAUCUAAACUUUAACUCUGUAGGUAGACCAUCCAUUAUGCUGUUAGAUAGCUUUUUUAACGAUUUCAAUAUAAACUUUUGUAAAUAUUUUAGCAAUAGUUAGAUAACACUACUACACGGCGUUACCCCUUUCAACACUCCCCAGUAACGAACCCUCACGUGCCUGAUAAGCGAUGUAAUGCUAGUUCGGCAAGGACUGCGCAAUGUACUGAUAAGGGGUAGGAUAUAGGCCAGGAGCCGCGACCGUCAGACAUCAGACACUCCUGAACUACUCCAACAACAUGAACUCUUUCGUCAUCGUUUGCUUCGCCGCUGCUCUUCAGCUGUCAUGCGCGCAGUACUGCGGCUACGCGGCGCCCCCCGCCCCGCUAGUGCUCCCCGCUCCCGCGGCCCCCGCCCCCGCCAACCCCUGCGCGGUCCCCGCCGCACUUGCCUCGCUGGCCCCGUCCCUACCAGUCCUGGCUGGUCCUCUCGCCAACACCAUCUCUGCCUCCAUCGCUGCCACUCUCCCGCCCCUGCUGGAUGCUGCUCUGCCUAGCCUGCUGACCUCAGCCCUGUCUGCUGCUGGUCCUCUCCUCGAAGCCGCCUUGCCUCCAGGCUGUGGUUGCGGAGCUCCUCUAGCUCUUAGCUACGCGGCUCCCGCACCUUGCGCGGCCCCGGCCAUCACUUACGCGGCCCCGGCCCCGGCCCCCGCCCUUGCGUACGCAGCUCCUCUUGCCCUCCCCCCUCCCCCCAUGUACGCGGCCCCCGCUUGCGGUUGCGCCGCCCCCACAGCUUGCUUCUGCUAUUAAGUUGUGAUAAAAUGUUUUAAUAAACUGAUUGAAAAAAUAUUGAAUUCUUAUUUUACCGUCCCUGCUUAACCCCCACAUCUAUGCCAGCCGAGUAUGUACGUAAGUAAUAUCAGCCUAUAUUGUUGUUAGCUAAAUGCGGUUAGACUGGAAGCCGACCCCAACAUAGUUGAUGAUGAGCCUAUAUAUGUAUGUCCUACUGCGGAGCGCUUGUUGAUCAUUGAUCACUACGCUAGCUCACUGCGAGUUGGCGAUUUUAAAUACUAGUAUUUGGUAUCCACUAUCCAGGUUUACUAACGAUGUUUACGUUCACGAUGUGUCAGUGGUCACUUAGAAUAUUGAGAAAGUACUAUAUAUAACUUUGAAAUAGUCACAUUAGUAUUUUGCCUACAUUGGAAUCGAACCUACACCUUCUUGCAUAAAAAUCCAUAAAUUGUUGAAGAAAUAAAAACACUUUUCUACUAAUUGGUUACUACUUACUUAUUUGUGGUAGAAUUUAGAACCUCCUAUGAAAUUAUGUGCCGAUAGAUGGCGCUUUUAUUUGAGAUAUUUGGACGGUUAAAACAUUGGAUGGCAUAUAAUUUACCCGUAUAUU